UAAACUAGAGAAAAAAGAGGAUUUUAAAUUCAAUUAUCACAGGGCCAAACUAACAUUUGGUCUACUCCUUAUGGAAUUUAAGGACACAAUCAAGGAGGGAGACGGAGAACGACUUUACAACCUCUAUAAGUUACUACUUUUGAUAUAUAAAAACACAAGACACUGCAAAUAUGCCUACUGUGUAUUACUCUACUUAGUGAAGUGUGCUGCUGUGCUCACACCAUCUCAAGCCCUGGACCUCAAAUGGAACCGAUUUUACAACCACACAGGCAAAAAGGGUACAAACAUAUCUCUUGACUUAAAGAAAGAACAGCAAAAUAGAGUGCUAAAAUCAAUUUGGCGUGUGCUAGGAGCCAACAUCAAUGAAGGCAGUGCAGAACGUACAGCUAGUACCUUGGAAUCACUUGAAUUAAUUUAUGAUUCCAUCGAUAAAGACUGUGAAAGUGAUAUUAAGUAUGGCUACCAUGCAUCUGUGCAAGAAGCUGAAGCUGUUUGUGUAAUARCAAAUGAUUUGAUAGAUCAGGAAGCUUUUGUCAAAACUCCUGGACGGCAAGGGUACAAUUCCUUCCCAUCAUUCAAUGGAAGUCUUAUACAUGGCCUGGACUACAGAGACCUUCACAAAUGGCWGAAGGAGCACACAGAACUGUGGGACACUAUUUACCAUAAAUAACUUUUACUAUCUGAAUUGUUACAAAGUGCACAUGUAUAUUAUCAUUAUUAUGUAUUAUAUUAGUUUUAUUCACCCAGAUAUAAUUUUUCUAGUUCAAAAAUGUAUACAUGGUUAUGUUUCCUUUUCAAAAGAAAAGGGAUAUCAAAGAUGAUGUAAAAGCAGUAGCAAAAACUAACAUUUCUAUAAAUUACAGCAACAAUUUUUGUGAU